AUGGUGGGGGUUUCGAACAGCAAAGGAUGUCGCAUGUGCGUGAAUCGCAGAAUCAAGUGCGAUGAGACUCGUCCUCAAUGCCUGCGAUGUAUCAAGAGAGGCUGUGAAUGUCCGGGGUAUAAUCGUCACUUCAAAUUCCGCGACCAGACACAAGCUCUGCAGCAGCGAUACCGACGAGAGCCUCUGGGAUGCCCCAGUAGAACCCCUCCAAGAGUGCAAAGGCAGGAACAGACUCAGCCAGCAGAACUAUCUGAACUCAUCAUUGACGAGGUCUUUGCUCCCGGUCUGACCUUUGCAGCGCUGGACAUCCAGACAAAGGAGCGGUUUAAUGACUUUCUUGAUUAUUACUUUCCAGCGUAUUCUAUAUGGUCCUCCCUACUAGAGGUGAACUGGAUGGACUUUGUACGCCAACAGGGACUAACCUGCCCACAAGCGUUGAUUUGGGCAAUCCGAGCACUGAAUACAUUCCAUAUGGGAGUUGUUCGAGGUGACAAAGGAGUUAUCGCCUGCGGUCGACACAUGUAUGGCCGAGGAAUAAAGCAUCUUGCAUAUAUCCUGCAGACACCCGCUGCGCUCACCGAUGAGACGCUAGCGGCUGCGAUUUUGCUUGGAGGAUACGAGAUGCUGGAUGAGAGCUGCAAGAAUUCUUGGGUACUCCACUGCGGCGGUAUCCGCUACCUUAUAUGUGCCCGUGGACCUGCUGCGCAUAAGCAUGGUAUAGGUCGUACUCUUUUGCUGUCCUUUCGGAAUUUUCUGGUCACGGAGGCUUUUAGGCAAGGAGGGCCAUGCUUUUUAGAGAAACCAGAAUGGUCAUUGACAGCCAAUGAGAGUUCCGGCAUGGAAAAUGAGAGAAAUGGAUAUGACCUGGUCGACCAUGCCACGGAGUUCAUUUUCAACGAGAUAGUUAGAUGUCCAGGUUACUACGCAGCUACGAGCACUAUCAUCGAAUCACAGGCAAAUAUUAAGCCUGCGGAUAUAGGCCAGCUAAUUAGGAAAAUGACUGGAGCGAAAAGCCGACUAACCUGGUUGCACACAAGGAUUGGUUUUGCUUCUAAUGGGGACACAACCACGACGUCUCUGGGGUCAUCUACAGCGAUGACUCUAUCGGAAUACGCGAAGAUUGUAGCUGAGCAGCCUUGUAUUAGUAUCCUGUCAUCAGUUCUGGCCCUUCUUGACCAGCUUAUGACUGUACUCGAGCUACAUCAGAACAGCCGAUCGCGUCUUGAAUUCCAGAGUGAGGAUGAUUGUGUACAGACUAAUCACCAAUCACGCGAUUCAUCGACAGAUUUAGCACUGAGGGUGAAGAUGCAGGAGGGUUUGAACAAGUUCUCAGCAGCGAUGGCCGUUCCGAGUAUACGUGGCGUUGCCAUACAAAGCGUUGAGGAGGUGUGA